AUGUCAUUGGAUGAGGUAAGCCACAUUUUUUAAAAAUGGCAACAAUCUCUAAUCAGAACUUCAAUAUUUCAGACACUCGAUAAUUUGAACGCAACAUUAACUCAAGUUGCAGAAUUAUUGAAAGCAAUCGAAGUUGCUGUAAUUGUUAUUGCAAUCACAUUAGCUAUUACUUUGAUAGGUUGGUAUUUAAAAUAUAUUUUUAAUUUUAAUUUGUAAUAAUUUCAAAUUCAGGAUGUACUGCAAUUUAUUAUUAUUCGAAAUACAAAAAGUAUCAACCUUUAUCCGAAUCUUCAACUCCACCUCGUUCAACUUAUAAAAGAGGGCUUUAUCAUGGACAAGAUCAAUCCGUUUAA